AUGGCGAAUCUUUUCUGGGUUGGCAUUGUAAUAGGACUUGUUUUUAGCAACUGGGUUGAUGGCUUUGCAGCUUACCAUUAUCCUCACCUCAAUGAAACUGAGUUUUCUUUGUUGGAUGCUCAUGAAGCAUCCUUAUCCUUGGUUGGGAGGAACCCUCUCAUGGUAGGACUCACCCUUAUUCCAAGUGCUGGUGCUAAAGGAGCAGUUUGCUUGGAUGGAACAUUGCCUGGUUAUCAUUUGCAUCGGGGAUAUGGAUCGGGAGCAAACAGCUGGCUCGUUAAUCUAGAGGGAGGUGGAUGGUGUAAUAACGUCGGAACAUGCGUUUAUCGCAAGAAAACACGGCGUGGAUCAUCAACAUUCAUGGAAAAGGAGAUACCUUUUACGGGAAUAUUAAGCAAUAAUGCUCAAGAUAAUCCAGAUUUUUUCAAUUGGAACAGAGUUAAAAUUCGCUAUUGUGAUGGUGCCUCUUUUACCGGGGAUGGUGAAGAUAAGGGUGCGCAACUGCAAUUCAGAGGGCAACGUAUUUGGUUGGCUGCAAUGGAGGAUUUGAUGUCAAAGGGAAUGCGUUUUGCCAAGCAGGCACUUCUUUCUGGAUGCUCGGCUGGUGGUUUGGCUACUAUUAUACACUGUGAUGAAUUUCGAGGACUAUUCCGAAGAACCACCAAAGUGAAGUGUCUUAGUGAUGCUGGGUUAUUUCUUGAUGCGAUUGAUGUAUCUGGUGGGCAUACCCUCAGGAAUUUUUUCAGUGGUAUUGUAAGGUUGCAGGGAGCGCAGAAGAAUCUGCCGCACAGUUGUUCUAAUCACCUUGAUCCCACUUCGUGCUUCUUCCCUCAGAACUUAAUUGCCAGUAUCAGAACCCCACUAUUCAUUCUUAAUACCGCCUAUGAUUCAUGGCAGCUCCAGUCAAGCUUAGCUCCUCCAUCGGCAGAUCCCCAUGGCUAUUGGCAUGAUUGUAGAUUAAACCAUGCUAGAUGUACUAGUUCACAAAUCCAAUUUCUGCAAGGAUUCAGGAAUCAAAUGCUGAAUGCUGUUAGAGGUUUCUCAAGAGCAAAUCAGAAUGGAUUGUUCAUAAAUUCAUGUUUUGCUCACUGCCAAAGUGAGAGGCAAGAUACAUGGUUUGCUGACAAUUCUCCUGUCAUUGGGAACAAGGCAAUUGCUCUGGCUGUUGGAGACUGGUAUUUCGACCGAGCAGUUAUUAAGGAUGUUGAUUGUCCUUACCCUUGUGAUAAUACAUGCCACCACCUGGUUUUUAGAUGAGCCAAAUUUC